AUGCCGGACGACGACGAGGUGGUCGGCUCACGAGACGAUAGUCUGGGCGCAGGCCAGUCGCCGUCGAGCAAAUCCUCCCCCACCGGCGCGUCCAACCAGCUGACCACUGAUCAGACCAAGGUCACUCAAGAAAGCGGAAAGCAACGCUCGCAUAGUGUUUCGCCGAACCUUCAUCGCGAAGCUUCGGCCGCCAGAUCGGUGCUUCAAAGGAGCGUCUCUAGGCUCCGUGGAAGACACCCUCGCGAUGACAGGCACUUCAAGCACCAGUUAGAACUUGACGCAACCGGAGCCGACUGCAUUGUAGACUUUGACGGUCUCGAGGACCCGUACAGAGCCAUCAAUUGGGACCCUAGAAAGAAGUGGGUAGCAGUCGCACUGUUUGGCAUCACCACGGGCACAGUGACGUUCGACUCGUCUGUCUUCUCGGCAGCUUUGCAGCCUAUUGAGGCGGACUUCGGCGUGAGCACAUACGUCGCGACACUCGGCUUGACAAUGAUGUUACUUGGCUUUGGGCUGGGGCCCCUGAUAUGGGCGCCACUGAGUGAGAUUUACGGAAGAAAGCCAGCGGUGCUGAUACCCUUCUUCAUUUCGAUGUGCUUCACUUUUGCGACGGGAGCUUCCAAGGACAUUCAAUCAAUUCUCAUCACCCGCUUCUUCUCUGGAUUCUUUGGCUCUGCGCCCAUUACAAACACAGGAGGCGUGCUCGGAGACCUCUUCGCUCCGGCACAGAGGGGUCAGGCACUAGUCUUAUACGCCAUGGCUGUUGUGGGGGGUCCAACUCUCGGCCCGCUCGUGGGUUCGGCUCUGGUCGAGGGUGGGCUCAGUUGGAGAUGGACAGAAUAUUUGACGGGCAUCAUGAAGGCAGCCAUCCUGCUGGCUGACGUUACUCUGCUGGACGAGAGCUACUCACCGGUGUUGCUGAAGUACAAAGCGCGCAAGCUCCGCACCACCACUGGCAACUGGGCACUUCAUGCCCAGCAUGAGGAGUGGGAUAUCACCUUCAGUGAGCUUGCUGUCAAGUACCUCGUCAGACCAUUUCAGCUGCUGGCCACACCAAUCUGCUUCUUGGUCGCUCUUUACGCCUCCUUCGUCUAUGGGCUGCUGUACUCCCUUCUGGAGUCUAUUCCCAUCGCCUUUCAGGACCUCCGUGGUUGGUCCCCUGUCCUGGGUUCAUUGCCGUUCGUUGCAGUGCUAGUUGGCAUUAUCGUCGCGGCAGGGAUCAACAUGGCCAACCAGGUGUACUACAUUCGACGGCUCGAAGACAAUGCAGGGAAGGCAGUGCCCGAGGCCAGAUUGCCGCCCAUGAUGAUUGGCAGUGUCUGUCUGAGCGCAGGCCUGUGGAUCUUUGCUUGGACUCCUGCACCGGUGCAUCCUAGUGCGCAGAUCAUUGCUUGUGCCCUCUUUGGAUGUGGCUUCUUUGCCAUUUUCCAAGCAGCUCUCAAUUAUCUCAUCGAUACAUUCCAGACCUGGGGAGCCAGUGCCAUUGCAGCUAAUACCUUUCUGCGUUCCAUCUUCGCAGCCUCCUUUCCCCUCUUCAUACGGCCAGAGAUCGAAGCCCUUGGCUUUCAGUGGGGAGUCAGUCUCUUCGCCUUUGUUUCGGUCGGGAUGAUUCCGAUACCGUACCUCUUUUUCAUCUUUGGACCAAAGAUCAGAGCGAGAGGCAAGUGGAGUGUAGCAUCGACAAUGUAG